CCAUGCCAUUCUUCUCUCAGGCUCCUCGGACACAGUCUGUGACCUGCUGGGGGCCAAAGGGAAGGAUAUCUUGUACAUCGGAGACCAUAUCUUUGGAGACAUCCUCAAAUCCAAGAAGCGCCAGGGCUGGAGGACCUUCCUGGUGAUCCCCGAGCUGGCGCAGGAGCUGCAUGUCUGGACAGACAAAAGCGCCCUUUUUGAAGAGUUGCAGAGUCUGGACAUUUUCUUGGCCGAGCUAUACAAGCAUCUGGACAGUAGCAGCAAUGAACGCCCUGACAUCAGCUCCAUCCAGAGACGCAUUAAGAAAGUGACGCACGACAUGGACAUGUGCUACGGGAUGAUGGGGAGCCUCUUCCGCAGCGGCUCUCGGCAGACCCUGUUUGCCAGCCAGGUGAUGCGCUACGCUGAUCUCUAUGCAGCCUCCUUCAUCAACCUCCUCUACUACCCCUUCAGCUACCUCUUCAGAGCCGCCCACGUCCUGAUGCCACACGAGUCCACGGUGGAGCACACGCACGUCGACAUCAACGAGAAGGAGUCGCCGAUGGCCACACGCAAUCGCACCUCAGUGGAUUUUAAAGAUUCUGACUACAAGCGGCAUCAACUGACCCGCUCCAUCAGUGAGAUCAAACCGCCCAACCUCUUCCCCCAGGCACCUCAGGAAAUCACACAUUGCCAUGAUGAAGAUGAUGAUGAGGAAGAGGAAGAGGAGGAAGAAGAGGAGGAAGAGGAAUAAGAAGGAAAAAGCAAAGCAUCUCUGAAGACAAACCGUGACUCUAGCAGUGACCAGGAGCGGAUUCCUUUGUUGGGGCCCUUGGGGUGAUGGGUUGGGGGGGGUGUGAUUCUUGCAAAGGCACAUUUUGAAGAUGUCUGGAAACUUCUAACAAAUUAACACUAAUUAGGAGGAGACCCUUGUUUUCAGUUUUGCAGACGGUUCAAAAAGCUGAUGGAUUCUGCUUGGCUGGUGCAUUCAGAUUGGACUGCCCGCCUGUGCUGUCAUGCUGUUCCCAUUACAUUUAGGGAUGCUGUGUGUUUAUCCCUUUCCCGUGAUGUGUUUCAGUUGAUUUUCAUUUGAACGGUGUCCUGUGAACGGUUUUUGCCAUU